UCUUCCCUACACUCCUCUGACUGCAACAGAUAAAUGACUUUGGCACAUUAUAAAACAUUUAAGCCACUAUGAACACAGAGCAGCUCGUUGAAACGCACCGUAGUACGGAUAACUACCAGGUUUCUACGCCCGAAGGCAACGACUUGAAGAAAGGAGCUCUGAAAAGAACUCCAUUCUCAAAGUUUAAGAGAGUACACUCCAACUUCAAAUCGCCUCUUCAAGUAACUGAGAGUGCUAAAGUUAGCCCUGCAGAGGAGGUGGCAGAGCUAAAGAGAAGAAAAGAGCAGCUGGACGCUGAGAUAGCACAGCUGGAGGCUGAGGGAUACAGAGUGGAGGAGCUGGAGCAUCAUAUUGAUAUGCUGCAUGAAUACAAUGACAUCAAAGACAUUGGACAGUCACUACUUGGGCGCUUAGCUGCUCUGAGGGGGACCACCACUCGGGAUCUUUACAGCCACUUUGGUCUGGAGCUCGAUGACUGAAAAUAAAACUGGGCUGGAGAAAAUAUAUGCAAAUACAGCGGUGAGAAUGGGUUUACAGACUGGGAGAAGAGGAACAAGGAGUGGGGGCGAAAAGGUCAAAUCAUUACCUUUGAGUUGUGACACAAAACUAUGAUGUAGAAAAAGCUUUUACUUACCUUAGUUGUUGAGUUAAACACUACUGUGACUCUAUAAAGGUAAUAAAGGUUUGUUUUGACAUUUGAGCUUAUUUAAAUCGACUGGGAAAGCAUAUGCAAACUUAGUUUGUAGGAAAAGAGGGGAUGCUAAGAGGGAAUUGUAAAAUAUGUGCAUAUGUCUUUAUAACAUUGCUUUCUGAAAAUGAUAUUUAAUAAAUAAUGCA